AUGUCCAGCACCACCAGUCGUCCUACAAUUGUCCUCAUCCACGGCGGGUGGCAUACGCUCCCUCUCUACGACAAAUUCACUUCUCUCCUCAAAACCCAGGGCUAUGAAGUUCACGUCCCGCGCCUACUUUCUAUGAACGGCGCCCGUCCCCCCAAUGCCGACCUGUACAGCGACACAGCGCUAAUCCGCACCUACGUCGAGGCGCUCGUCGAAGCAGGCCACAACGUCGUCGUCCUCAUGCACUCGUACGGAGGACAAGUUGGCUCAAACGCGCUCGCAGGGUUAGGUUUUGAAGAGCGACAACAGCGCAACCAAGCUGGGGCCAUCUCGCGGCUAGUCUACAUCACUGCGUUCGCGUUGAGCAAGGGCGAGUCGAUGAUGGACAUGGUGACGAAAAUGGGUGACGAGGCAUUGAUCCCGCUCGCAUUUGACUUUGCCGAUGACGGCACAGUGCUGGAUCGUGAUCCGAAGAAUCUGCUUGUUGGGCCUGGGCCGCCGGGGCUGGAGGAGGCGGAGCUGGAUGCUUACGUUGCACGGCUUGAGCGGUGGAAUGGGACCGCGAUGUACCAGGGCUUGGAGAGUUGUGCGUGGAGGGAGAUCCCAGUGUCCUAUGUCUGUACCAGAAAUGAUAUGACGGUGCCGUUGAAUUAUCAGCAGGCGAUGAUUGAGAAGAUGCGUGGGGAGGGAAGGGUGGUGGAUUCCUUUGAACUGGAGACUGGGCAUUGUCCGCAGAUUACGAUGCCGAGAGAGCUGGCGGAUGUUGUGCUUGGUAUUCUGAGCAAGGAAUAG